ACCGCCCCCCUCCACAGUUCGAGGGCGAACUCUUCCGGCGCUUCUAGUGCUCGCUCCUCGCUCCCCACCCCCGACGCGGCGCCGUCGCUCUCGCUCUCUCCUCAUUUCUCGAACCCGAGCUCCCCCUUCCGUCCUUGCUCCACUCCCCUCACGGCCUCACCUCUUGCCAUCUCUCGCGUUCACAAUCCCCUGCAGGAUUCACCCCAACAUCAGCCGCCGCCGCCGCCUCUGCGCCGAUGGCGGCGUCCGCCCCGCCGCUCGACGACUGCCUGCGCCUCCUCCGCGGGGAGCGCGACGAGCAGAAGCUGGCGGGCCUCCUCGUCGCCGCCAACGUCUGCCGCGCGGGCGACGCCGACGCCGUCCGGAAGGUCUACGACGCCGUCGGGCCCCGCUUCCUCCGACGCCUCCUCAACACCGGGCUGGGGAAAGUGGAGGGCGGGAAGGAGGAGGAGCGGGAGGCGUACCUGCGCCUCGCCCUGACGGUGCUCGCCGGGCUCGCGCGCGCUCCGGAGGUUGCGGCAGACGAGGGGGUCGUCUCCAUUGUGCCCCUAGUCGCCGAGGUUGUCUCCAAAUCGGUUGAUCCAGCAAUCACUGAGGAAUGCUUUGAACUUCUAUCACUUAUUGCAAUAGCCUCAGAAGAUGGGGCAUACAAGUUUUGUGAGCCUGGUGUAAUAGACAUGAUCUACCUUCAAAUCUCAAACUUACCAGAUGGUUCAAAGUGCAUAGAACUUGCCAUUAAUCUAAUGCAAUUACUUGUUCAUAAACUCAAAGUUGACAACAUGAGUGUGGAAAAACUGCAAGGAAUGACAAGCAUGGUGACUUGCCUUGCCAGGCUUUUUGCUGUUCUUCAUACUGCAGUAAAAUUUGAUGCCCUGCACAUGCUUACCGCCCUACUGUCCCAAAAAGAAUCUCCACUUCAUGAUCUUUUGAGAUCAAUGCCAGCAUCAAUUUGGGAAUCUCACAUCCGAGUUGGAAUCACUGCCAUCCUCCAAAAUCGUGUUGUAUCCUCCGAAAAGCUGCAUGCUCUUCUUUUGGCGGAGUGCAUGAUGUCCAUACUAGGUGAGGAUUGGUUGUCAGAAGAUUGUAAAAUCCAGGAUACCCAGAAUGUGUUGCCUGUUGACAAAUUUGUAUUGCUUGUUCUAGAGUCCGCAAGAAUUGAAGUGGCAGUGCUUCUAAAUGAGCUUGCUUAUUUGAAGUAUGAGUCUUCAAAAACUUCUGAGACAGAUGAAGCCAUCAGUCAGAAACAGAGAAACCUUGCUAUACUAUUUUCAUUAAUAGAAAGAAUAGUCAAAAUGAUAUCAAAUGCCAGUAGCAGUGAAGGUGCACCAAAUCAGACUAUCUGUGAAAGUACCAUCAUGCAGGCCAUCACAGGAUUAAAUGAGACAAUUAGUUUAGUUUUAGACUUUCUGCAGGAUGCAAAGGACCAUGGGCAACGGAAAGGUGAUGAUCUUUUGGCAGCUGCAAGAAUAGUAGGAAGUUACCUGGCAGAGGCACCAUAUGCCUGCAAGGAGAAAACUAAAAACCUAUUGGACUUUAUCUUCUCUAUAGAAGGUCAAGAUGAAUCAAGGCCCUUCUAUUCUAUUUGCUUCAUGCUUCCAAUGCUAUCCCAAAUAACAAUGGAGCCUGAUGGAUGUAGAACUUUGGCAUCAUUUUGCGGCUAUAAGGCAGUUAUGGAUUGCCUUGUUAAAAUGACUGAGCAGGAUGGAAUUGACAAUGGUAGCAUGUUUUUGGCAUGUGAUACCAUCAUAAACUUCAUGUCUAAUAGGAAAAGUGUCCAUAUUCCAGUGGAUUCUUGUUUCAUUCGCUUCCUAAACGCACUUGUUACAUGGGCUGGAACCUCAAAUGCCUCGUCAGUUACCAUGACAGCAUCCUGCUUAUGUGCUAUGCUGAUAGACUUGACAUCAGAAGAGUUUCUAUUGAGCUGCUCUGAAUUUGAUGCCAAGACCCUUGGGAGUUUGUCUGAGCUCAUUGUCAGAAGUUUGCAGCAGGAUGUCCCUGACGAUGAUGGGGAGCAAUUCAACCAGAAGCAGGUCAUUGUAUCAGGUUAUCGGCGAUGGGCUGAUCGAUUUCCACAUGUUAAAAACGUAGUGGAUAAGCAUGUAUCUGUGUGAUCAUUCUUUUCCCCAAGAUAUGUUCUCCAUGAAUGAAAACCUGCAAAUUGGAAUCUAAAAGCGCAGAUAUGCCCAUGCCUCAGAUAUUUACAUGUGACCUGUUACUGAUUUUGGUUAGGGGAUUUUAGGUUACAAUAACUCUCCAAUGAGGAAUUUGAGGUUAGGAUAAUUCUGCAGCGACAGCUCAAAUGAGUAUACCAAUAUGGACAGGAAAGAUGGCAUCUGCUUAUCCAGGUAAUCCUUAUUAGCAGAGCAAGCGAACACUAGAAUGCUUAUGCAAAAGAAGAAAGGUGGUGAGGCCACAAAGAUUUAACGUUGUCUCUUUGAUCACCAUUUCCCUAUACUCGACCAUUCUGUACAGAACUGAUGUAACAAUACCAAGCUCAGAUUUCAGGGCGCAGUGCGCACUCUGAAGGAAGGUUUUUGUAAGUUUAGGAAAAGGCUUGUUUACCGCUCUGCUAUGUCCUGUUUGCUCAUGUUGCCCGAGUCUGUAUUAGUUUGCAACGCCAGCCCCUUCCAGUCCAAAAUGGUCCGUAAAAGCUAUCGAUCGAUAUA